AUGGGGAAGCAAAGGGAGGAAGGGGAGAAAGGCAUUCAAGACACCGUUCUUGGUGGCUCAGAAAGGCGGUACAGCUGUUGUGAAGGUGUCCUUGGAUCCCCCGGGUGUCAGAUCGCCAAGCUUCACGUUCACGACCAAAAAGAAAACCUAGAAGGCUUUGUGAAGACUCUUGUCAAGUUCCCACCCCGCAGCGGGAAUCACGGUGUAUACGCCGUGAAUUGUGAGAUGUGCUAUACAGCCAAAGGUUUGGAACUUACUCAAGUGACAGUGGUUGAUCCCAGCCUCCAGGUGGUCUAUAAUACAUUUGUGAAACCAGAUGAAGAAGUCAUUGACUGUAACACUAGGUUUUCUGGUGUGGUUGAAGAUGACUUGAAGGACACGAAAACCUCAAUCCGUGAUGUGCAAGCCACCUUGUUGAACCUGUUCAGUGCUGACACUGUACUAAUUGGACAUAGCUUUGAACGUAGUCUCUAUGCACUUAAGUUAAUUCAUACUUCAGUUGUGGACACGACAGUUAUGUUUCCUCAUCGGCUAGGCUUGCCUCACAAAAGAUCCCUCAAAAGUCUAGUGGCCGACUACCUGCAGAGAAUCAUUCAGGAUGAUGGUCACAAUUCAAGUGAAAAUGCAACCGCCUGCAUGGAACUGGUACUCUGGAAGGUAAAAGACGACCUGAAAGGAAAGAAGUAACCACUUUGCCCAAGAAUAUCUUAAACCUCUGCAUUGCUUCUGUGACUCCUUGGCCUCCACUGCUGGCAGUAGAGUUUGGUCUAUAAUAACAUGAGGUUUGUCCACACUUUCAAAGAGAAGAGGAGAAGGAAAAGCACUGUUGAGGUCUAUUUAUUACAUUUUAAAGGUUAAAUUUCCACAGUGAUUUCUAAAGUUGUGACUGGGCAAGAGCGGGGGAAGGAAUUAGGUAUUUUGGAAUUUGACUCAUCUUUGUAGGCAGUGUACAAAUAACAGUGGAAGAUGGUUUGAAGUUGAAGUAAUGGGUCCAGGACUUUCACAAAGGUCGUUUCUCAGGUUACUUAAAUUCCUUUUUCUCUCUAAAUACUUAGAACCAUUAUACUGCCUGGAGAUAGAAACAUCUUUACCUAACAAAAUUGUAAGUUUUCUUUAGAUCAUCUAUAUAGAAAUAGAAGUGGAGAUUUUCCUCACAAAAUAUAUGGAAGUAAAUGUAAACUUUUUAGUGUACUAUUAACAUAAAAGUUCUGGUCAUUUGGCUAUUGUGUAAUGUGUUUUUAAUUUAACUGGUGUAUUCUUACUUGAUUUUGAUAUCAACAACUCACUGAAUUUUUUUUUUAAGGCAGUGUCCUAUGGCUCUUCUAAACACACUGAAAUCUAAUCUAUAUACCCAGUACUGGAAUUGUCUAAUUCCUUUAAGGAGUUGGUUCUUUCCUUCUUAAUUGCUUUUUGAUAAACUGGCCCAAUGGAAACGACAUGACUUUAUUCAAUUUGACUACUGACCUUUGAGUAAGUAUGAAUCUUUAAUAUUAAUGCUGUUAACAUGCUACAAAACUACAAAGGUUUCUCUGUCAAGGGUAGGGAUGAGACCCAGAGCUGUCAAUCGUAUGGUCUCUGUGCCAGGAGUAAAUUCAAGUUGAUGGUGAUGAUGUGCCCUCAGUAAGAACACCUCAGGUUUGCUGCUUUGGUACUUUGAAUUGACAAGUAAAUCUUAAGUAUCACUGAAUUCCUUUUUCUUUUUUCUUUUUUUAAAAAAUUAUUUAUUUUUGGCUGCAUUGGGUCUUUGUUGCUGUGCUCGGGUUUUCUUUAGUUGCAGCAGGGGGGGUGCUACUCUUCGUUGUUUGCGAUGUGCGGGCUUCUCAUUGAGGUGGCUUCUCGUUGCAGAGCACGGGCUCUAGAGCGCAAGCUCAGUAGUUGUGGCGCACGGGCUCCGCGGCAUGUGGGAUCUUCCCAGACCAGGGCUCGAACCCGUGUCCCCUGCAUUGGCAGGCAGGUUCUUAUCCACUGUGCCACCAGGGAAGUCCAGUUCCUUUUUCUUGAUACCAUAAGUACUUCCUUAGUCAUCUCUCAUACUUGACAUGAAGUAAAUUUGUAAUGAUGUAAAUUUAAAGUAUUUUAAAUAUAUGUAAAUUUGUAAUGAUGUAAAUUUAAAGUAUUUUAAAUAUAUGUAAUCAAGAAGGUCGGGCUAUUAUAGAAAAAGCAGCUGUUAUUGUGCAUUCCAAAGCCACAUGCAAAAUUUGAAGACAUUAUCUACAUUUUUCAGAUCAUCCUUGUUCUUGUUCAGUUCCAUGUACAUGCAAACCAAGAGCUGUCAGGA